AUGGAGGAGAGAAUUGGUGAGGAAAAACCUUUGCCGAAACUUCCAACUGUGCCAGUGAAGCUUCUUAAGCGUCGAAAGCAGAAAAAUAGAGAUGUGAUCAAACAACAAAGGAUACGUUCAAGAGAAAUCCGCCGGAGAGCUCACGAACGUCGCAAGGUCUUUCAUAGGCCCGCUCACUUUAUAUCCGUAAGUGUUUGUAUCUUCACUCCAUGCGUUAAGGGCGCUCGAAAAGAGGCUAGAGAUAAGGCGAGGAUCGCUCGGGAACUUAAGCUGAAGCCCCCUGUCGCUGGUCCCGUUCGUUUAGGUAUUGUCAUCAGGGUCCAUGGCGACAGAGGUCUAUCUGCCGAUUCGCUAAAAGUUCUGGAGAUCCUAAAUCUGAAUAUCCCAAAUUCUGCUGUAUUUGUUAAAACCUCUGAAGCUAUGCUUGAGGUACUGACAUUAGUGCGCCCCUACAUUGUUUGGGGUUAUGCAGAUCUAGCCACCGUCCGGAACCUCAUAUUUAAAAGAGGUAAAACAAAAGUUGGGGGCAAAGUCCGCUCCAUCGACAACACAUUGGUGGAGAGUAAACUAGGAUCGCUGGGUAUUCUCUGUAUUGAGGAUAUCAUUCAUGAACUUGUCACUCUGGGUCCUCAUUUGCGUGACGUUUUGGGGUUCCUUUGUCCAUUCACACUAAGGCGUCCAAUUGGUGGGUGGGGACGUCAUUUGAAGAAGUCCCAGCAUCCUUUUAACCGUCUUGUCGGUAAUAGGGACGAGAUGAUUGGCGAACUCAUUUACAAAAUGGUUUAA